AUGGGAGCAACAUCAAUGUACUAUGUGCAAGUCUUUAUCGGCAUCACAUCGGCAUUCAUAUCAUCGAACUGUGCGAAAGCAGGAUAUUCGGACUCCGAGACGAUCCCACAAAAAGAAAGCUUGAAAAAAUCUUCGUCAAGCACGAGCUCAAAGGCUGGCAAUCCUAGCGAACUGACUGCAAAGCCAAGCAAAAAAUACUCGAAAGGCUCACCAGUUCAGCGACAAGUUACGUCACCAGCUCCAGUCGCUCCAGACACUUCACCAACUCCAAUAGCUCCAGAUACCUCACCACCUCCAAUCGCCCCAGCCACGUUACCAGCUCCAGUUGAUCCAGUUAUAUCACUAAAUGUAGCAGCUCCAGGUCUUCAAACUACUGAAAUGAAGAAGCCACAAGUGCAAAAUUUGCCUCAGAAGAAACCACAACCACUGCUAACAAUGUUUAAGUUUGAAUCUGCAAGCUUCCUGAAUAGCGUGCAAAAAAAUGCAUCACAGGGCGAUGAGACCGUAAACGAUGCUCCCUCACUGGUGAAAAUCAACGAGGAUAUACUGUCAGAUGAAGCAGCAAGCAUUAAAAAAAAACUCUCACAGCAAAAAAGUAUCAAAGGACUCGGCAACUCAAUGAAAACACAGGCAUCUGCAGAACCAAUAACAGCACGAUCAAAAGAAAACACGGUGAAGUCCAUCUCUAUUGUGUCGACGGAGAAUCUAAAAAGAGAUCAUACUCUAGACCGGAAGAGACCUGAAUCACUUAGGACAAAGCAGCCUACACCAGACGAACGGAUCGAUCCAACAAACGAGCGCACGAAACCUGAACCAACUAAGUUGAAGGAACUCACGGCAGAAGAACAACUACAUCCAUUACAAGUCACAAUGAAAAGUGUAAGUGAUGUUAAGCUUCCACAUUUACGAUACUACAGAAAGCCUAUCGAGUUACACGUAGAAACAUAA